GGGGGAUGGGGGCGGCGAGCUCCAGCCCUCGGCGGCGGCGGCCGUAAGUGCUGGGCGGGCGUCCGCGUCCGGGACGCGGGAUGGAGCGCCGCGGAUUUCAGUUUUUCUGACUGUUAUAUGAAAGGAUGAUUGCUCACAAACAGAAAAAAUCAAAGAAAAAACGUGUUUUGGCAUCAGGCCAAGUGUCUACUGAUGUUACGACUUCUGAAAUGGGGCUCAAGUCCAUAAGUUCCAACUCCGUUUUUGAUCCGGAUUACAUCAAGGAGUUGGUGAAUGAUAUCAGGAAGUUCUCCCAUAUGUUACUAUAUUUGAAAGAAGCUAUUCUUUCAGACUGUUUUAAAGAAGUCAUUCAUAUACGUCUGGACGAACUUCUCCGUGUUUUAAAGUCUGUAAUGAAUAAGCAUCAGAAUCUUAAUUCUGUUGAUCUUCAGAAUGCUGCAGAAAUGCUUAUUGCAAAAGUGAAAGCUGUGAACUUCACAGAAGUUAAUGAAGAAAACAAAAACGAUCUCUUCCGAGAAGUGUUUUCUUCCAUUGAGACAUUGGCAUUUACCUUUGGGAAUAUCCUUACAAACUUCCUUAUGGGAGAUGUAGGCAAUGAUCCAUUACUGCGACUGCCUGUGUCUCGGGAAAGUAAGUCCUUUGAAAACAUUUCUGUGGGCUCAGUGGACUCAUCCAAUGAAAAAGGAAAUUUUUCUCCUAUAGAACUAGACAACGUGCUGUUAAAGAAUACUGACUCCGUAGAAUUGGCUUUGUCCUAUGCUAAAACAUGGUCAAAAUAUACCAAGAAUAUAGUUUCAUGGGUUGAGAAAAAGCUUAACUUGGAAUUGGAGUCCACUAGAAAUAUUGUCAAGUUGGCGGAGGCAACUCGAACUAACAUUGGACUACAGGAGUUCAUGCCACUGCAGUCUCUAUUUACCAAUGCUCUUCUUAAUGAUAUAGAGAGCAGUCACCUUUUGCAACAAACAAUUGCAGCUCUCCAAGCUAAUAAAUUUGUGCAGCCUUUACUUGGGAGAAAAAAUGAAAUGGAAAAACAAAGGAAAGAAAUUAAAGAACUUUGGAAACAGGAACAAAAUAAAAUGCUUGAAACAGAGACUGCUCUUAAAAAGGCAAAAUUGUUAUGCAUGCAACGUCAAGAUGAGUAUGAAAAAGCAAAAUCUUCCAUGUUCCGUGCAGAGGAGGAGCAGCUGUACUCAAGUGGAGGAUUAGUAAAAAAUCCCAACAAGCAACUAGAAAAAAAGCGAAAGCUGGAAGAGGAGGCUCUCCAAAAAGUAGAAGAAGCAAAUGAACUCUACAAAGUUUGUGUGACAAAUGUUGAAGAAAGACGAAAUGAUCUAGAAAAUACCAAAAGAGAAAUUUUAGCACAACUCCGGACGCUUGUUUUCCAGUGUGAUCUUACUCUUAAAGCUGUAACAGUUAACCUUUUCCAGAUGCAGCACCUGCAGGCUGCCUCCCUCGCAAAUAAUUUACAGUCUCUCUGUGACAGCGCCAAACUCUAUGACCCAGGCCAAGAGUACAGUGAAUUCGUCAAGGCCACAAACUCAACUGAAGAAGGAAAAGUCGAUGGGAAUAUAGAUAAACAAUUAACAAACAGUCCCCAAACUUCUGGAUACGGACCUGCUGACUCUUUAGAAGACGUUGUGCGCCUUCCUGACAGUUCUAAUAAAACUGAAGAGGACAGAUGUUGUAACAGUGCAGAUAUAUCAGGUCCUUCUUAUAUAAGGUCAUGGACAUCUGGGAUGUUUAGUGACUCCGAGAGCACCGGGGGGAGCAGCGAAUCUAGAUCUCUGGAUUCAGAAUCUAUAAGUCCAGGAGACUUUCAUCGAAAACUUCCACGCACUCCAUCUAGUGGGACCAUGUCUUCUGCAGACGAUCUAGAUGAAAGAGAGCCACCUUCCCCUUCAGAGGCUGGACCUAGUUCUCUUGGAACAUUUAAGAAAACGUUGAUGUCGAAAGCAGCUCUCACUCAUAAGUUUCGCAAAUGGAGAUCCCCCACGAAAUGCAGGGAUUGCGAAAGCAUUGUGCUAUUCCAAGGCGUUGAAUGUGAAGAGUGUCUCCUUGUUUGUCACCGAAAGUGUUUGGAAAAUUUAGUCAUCAUUUGUGGUCAUCAGAAACUUCCGGGAAAAAUAAACUUAUUUGGAGCAGAAUUCACACAAGUCGCAAAAAGGGAACCAGAUGGCAUCCCUUUUAUACUCAAAAUAUGUGCCUCAGAGAUUGAAAAUAGAGCAUUAUGUCUUCAGGGAAUUUAUCGUGUAUCUGGAAACAAAAUAAAAACUGAAAAACUGUGCCAAGCUUUGGAGAAUGGAAUGCACUUGGUAGACAUUUCAGAAUUCAGUUCACAUGAUAUCUGUGAAGUCUUAAAAGCAUACCUUCGACAGCUCCCAGAACCAUUUAUUUUAUUUCGAUUGUACAAGGAAUGUAUAGAUCUUGGAAAAGAGCUCCAGCAAGUAAAUGAAGAACAAGAGACAAAAAAGAAUGGCCCUGAGGAGAAAAAAUGGCCCAGUAUAGAAAUAAACCGAAUUCUUCUAAAAAGCAAGGACCUUCUAAGACAAUUGCCAGCAUCAAAUUUUAACAGUCUCCAUCACCUCAUAGUACAUCUUAAACGAGUAGUAGAUCAUGCAGAAGAAAACAAGAUGAACUCCAAAAACUUGGGGUUGAUAUUUGGGCCAUGUCUCAUUAGGCCAAGACCAACAGCUGCUCCUGUCACCAUCUCCUCCCUUGCUGAAUAUUCACAUCAAGCGCGAUUGGUAGAAUUCCUCAUCACUUAUUCACAGAAGAUCUUUGAUGGGUCCCUACAGCCACAGGAUGUAUGUGUGGGCAGUACAGGUGUGGUUGCACCUCAGGUUGAUCAAGGCUGCCUUCCAAAGCCUGUGUUAUCACAAGAAAGAGACCCAGAGCAUCUCCUGAAGUCACUGUUUUUUUCAUCAAAGGAAGAUAUCCAUACUUCAGAUAGUGACGGCAAAGUUUUGGAACCAGCUACAUCGUUUGAGGAAUCAGAGCACAAGCAAAAUGCAUUAGAAAAAUGCAUUGAUGACAAAGUACGUUUGCUACUAGACCAAGAUCUUGAAACAGCUUCUCAGAAAAUGGAAGAUGUGUGUAAAUCCCCUAAGCCACUGACUCUGAAAUUUGAUAGGGAAGCAAGCACUGUUGAGAGGCAUACUCGAAGGACCAAGGUAAUGGUUAGACCUGUAAGUUUGCCUGUAGACAGACUCCUCCUUGCAGGCCUUCCUAAUGAGAGAAAUGGCAGACUUAUGGGAAAUAUAAAUUCAGACCGGUUUUGCAAGAGUCCUGCUGUUGAAGGAGCUAAUAGAAAAGACACCCCUGCUACUGUUUGUCCCAAACUUGAUGGCGGUGACCUGCAAACUCUACCAAAAACUUGGGACAAACAGUAUGAACAAAACGACCUGACCACAAAGACUGCAGGGGCUGUACCCAGUGCACUGCAGGAUAAAGGAGUGACAACAAGCAUGAGGACUAGUGGGGACCAUUUGGUCAGUGCCUCGCAGCCCAAUAAGCCAUACACAGAGCCAGUCAGGUCAGCAAGAGAGGUGCUAGAAAGACGGUCCUCGGAUUCAGCUCCUCUUGCUCCUGUCAGAGCACCCAGAACGCUGCAACCACAACACUGGACAACAUUCUAUAAACCACGGACUCCCGGAAGCAGUGUAAAGGGGAAUGAGGAGAGCCCUGCCAAGCCCUCUGCAGCAGUGCCUCCUGGCACAGCUCACACUUCCCAGGGUCAUGUGGUGAAAUCACGUGCAGACUCAGAAAGCCCAGCAGCUUGUCCUGAGGAGCCUGUUGGUAAGCCUAACAAUAACUCUGAGGAACAUGACCUGCCUGAUGUGAACCCAACGUGUCAAAGACCAAGACUAAAACGAAUGCAACAGUUUGAAGACCUUGAAGAUGAAAUCCCACAAUUUGUGUAGGGUUGCCAAAAUUUGGGUUUUCUUUUUGGGUUGUUUUGUGGUAUUGUGUUUGUUUUUCAAAAGAGUGUUUGACGGGCCCACUUUUGUAUAGGAUUGCCAAACGUCGGAUUUUGUUUUUUGUCAUCGUAUUGUUUUAUCCUGUGUUGGUUAUAUUGAAUGGUGGAAUGUUUUGAUAGGGCCACAUUUGUGCCUCACUGGAAUUGUCUUUAAAUUCUGUAUUUUUGAAGUUGUGAAUAAAAUAGGUGGACUCAUGUUUUUAAAAGGUCAGUUGAUUUUCCCCAUAAAAUAAUCCAUUUAAAUGCAUCCCUAAUGCAUAGUAUGGUCCUCGACUAAUAGGUGCAGUUGGGGAAAAUCAGCUUCAUUUUUUGAAGUGAAACUAAGUGCUUAUUUAUGAAAGGAAUGUUUCUGAAUGCAAGUGCGUAAAAGACCUUUGUUACCAUUGUUCCUGCAAACACUGUUACUGUGCACGCAUCUAUUGCCAUUUGCGCCUUGUUGUUUGUAAGCUUUUCUUUUUCAAUUGGCAAUUCACUUUUUAACUUCUUAACAUUUAGGUAAUGGCCAAAAGGCUUGCAAAUCUGUAUUUAAUUGCAUUUUAAUUAAUUGCCAAUUUUUACAUAUGGUAGUCAAUUGAAUUGUACAAAGAAAAUGCACUUAAACCUGUUUCCAAAUUGUAUAGUUCAGUUUUGUCUCAUUUGGCUCCAGAUGGCUUUAAAACAUUUGAUAGAUUAUUUUUCACCCCCUUGGGUUUUGUUCUACUUAAGCUUUUGUUUUUCAACAGUUCUAAACUUUUUGGUAUUUUGUAUAAUGGUCCAAAAAUGCCUGUUUCAGAAGUUUUUAAAUUCAGUACAUUUCUUCGUAAUAUUGUAUGGGUUUUAUUUUAACCAUUUCUUUUGUAUUAAAUGUUUUCACUUCUGAA